AUGGGGAAAAUUUUAAAUUUCACAAUUUGUGAAAGGCCAAACCAUUCUUUAUGCAUGACCAUGUCAUUUUACGAUGAUAAUUAUCUUGCCCGAAGUCUCAUAGGACACUGUUACUAUAAGCUAGGUGAUAAAAAAAAGGCUGCUGAAUGUUAUAACUUCGUUGUAGAUGCUGAAGAUCGUCCCAAAAACCUACACCUGGUAAACAUUAGGUUUGGAAUAUAUAAUGUGCAAAUAAACAAUUUUCAAAAAGCAAAAGAAAAUUUCCUUGAAGCGUGUCUCAGUUCUCCAACCCCAAGAACGUGGUUAGGUUAUGGUUCUGCUUGUUUCAUGAAUCAAAAUAUUACUGAUGAUAAAGAAGAAACACGUCAUCAUAUGGAUCCCAUUUAAAAAAAGGACAACAAUGUGAUAUGUGACACAGCAAACGACAGAAAACUCAACACUAUAUCAAG